AUGGUCCAACUAGUGGGUUCCCUCCGAAAAGAGCUGGCUGACUCUUUGUCCAGCUGCAAGGUUCUGGUGGUGGGAGCGGGAGGUAUCGGCUGUGAGCUGCUGAAAAACCUGGUCCUCACCGGCUUCAAGAACAUUGAUGUGAUUGACUUGGACACAAUCGAUGUGAGCAACCUCAACCGUCAGUUCCUGUUUCAGAAGAAACAUGUCGGCAAAUCCAAAGCACAGGUGGCCCAGGAGAGCGCCCUGCAGUUCUGCCCCAGCGCAAACAUCACAGCCUACCAUGACAGCAUCAUGAACCCUGAUUACAAUGUGGAGUUCUUCAGAAAGUUCAUGUUGGUGAUGAAUGCUCUGGACAACAGAGCUGCCCGUAACCACGUCAACAGGAUGUGCCUGGCAGCUGAUAUUCCUCUGAUAGAGAGCGGCACUGCAGGGUAUCUGGGACAGGUCACCGUCAUCAAAAAGGGAAUGACGGAGUGCUAUGAGUGCCAGCCAAAGCCGGCCCAGAAAACUUUCCCAGGAUGCACCAUCAGAAACACGCCGUCCGAGCCCAUUCACUGCAUCGUCUGGGCCAAGUAUCUCUUCAACCAGCUAUUUGGAGAAGAAGACGCAGAUCAAGAAGUCUCACCAGACACGGCUGACCCAGAAGCUGCAUGGAACCCUGAAGACACGGCUGCCCGCGCCACGGCCUCGGAGCAGGACGGCGACAUCAGGCGAGUGUCCACCAAAGAGUGGGCCCGGUCCACCGGUUACGACCCUGUCAAGCUCUUCAACAAGCUCUUCAAAGAUGACAUCAUGUACCUGCUGACCAUGGACAAGCUGUGGAAAAAGAGGAAAGCUCCUGCUCCUCUGGACUGGCAGCAGCUGGAGAACAGCGCCCAUCCUCAGGAGGAGAGUCCAGCAACAUCCGGGCUGAAGGACCAGCAGGUUCUGGAUGUCUGGGGCUACUGCCGGCUGUUCCGGCACAGCGUGGAAACGCUGCGCGCACAGCUGCAGGAGAAGGGCGAGGGCGCCGAGCUCGUCUGGGACAAGGAUGACCCUCCAGCAAUGGACUUUGUUACUGCAGCAGCAAACCUGCGUAUGAACAUCUUCAGCAUGAACAUGAAGAGCCGCUUUGAUGUAAAAUCUAUGGCAGGAAACAUCAUCCCCGCCAUCGCCACAACCAAUGCUGUUAUUGCUGGACUCAUUGUGCUGGAAGGACUGAAGAUCCUGUCUGGAGAGCUGGAAUCCUGCCGCACGAUCUUCCUGAAUAAAUGUCCAAACCUCAGAAAGAAGCUGCUGGUGCCCUGUAUUCUGGACAAACCCAGUCCAAACUGUUACGUUUGCGCCAGCAAACCAGAAGUCACGGUUAAAGUCAACGUGCAGAAAACGACGGUUCUGUGUCUGCAGGACAAGAUCCUGAAGGAACGGUUCGGCAUGGUCGCUCCGGAUGUUCAGAUAGAAGACGGCAAAGGAACUAUCCUCAUUUCCUCAGAGGAAGGAGAGACGGAAACCAACAACAACAAAUUCCUCUCUGACUUUGGGAUUCGUAACGGCAGCCGUCUCCAGUCUGACGACUUCCUUCAGGACUACACGCUCCUCAUCAACGUCCUGCACACUGAGGAGCUUGAGCGAGAUGUGGAGUUUGAGGUGGUGGGCGAGGCUCCGGACAAAGCUCCGCCCCCUCAGACCAACCAGGAGGAAGUCAACAGCAUCACCAAUGGCAACAAAGACUCCGCCCAGCCAUCCACGUCUUCUAAAGCUGCAGCAGACGAUGAUGACAUCAUGAUAGUGGACUCUGAUGAGGAAGUGGGAGCACCGUCCAGCUCUGCGGCGCCGCCGUCCGCCACCAAGAGGAAGCACCGAGAGGACUCAGAGACCGGCGAAACCUCCACCAAACGCCCACGAACGGACCAAUCAGCUGCAGCCACUGCGGCAGACAAUGACGACGACGAUGACAUCAUCGCUUUGGACUAAAGCUCUGAAGGACUCUGAUGAAAUCAUUAUGUUUUCAAAAAGACAGUAGGCUGAAAUCAAUAAAACCACCAGUUCAAUGAAGAACACUUUCAUCUUUUAGUCCCCGCUCCUUUUUCUGCUUUCAUGCCGACUUUCAGACAUGACUCUGUAAAUAGAUUCAAUAUUUUAAACAAACUUUUGAAAAUGCAGUAAAGUUUGCAUAUUUUUAUUCAUUUAAGGUCUUGAACUGCUUCUCUUGAUGGUUUCAAAAAGGCUUUUUUUGUACUUUUUUUUUUUAAAUAAAUGUACUGUAUUCCUCAUGCAACACGAGUCAGGAUGUCAGUGGAGGUUUUUGUAAAAAAAAAAAAAAAAACAGUAAAAGAGGUCAACAGUCGUUGAUGUCUUACGGGUCCAGUCAUGCACACACACUCAGAGGUUCUGGCCAUAGGAGUGUUAGUUUGCUACCUCUUUUCCACAAUUAAACACGUUUUUCUGCAAAUGUACUAAAAUCUUGUUUAGUUUGGCCACACUAAGGCCUCUGGUCUUUGGAGAAUCCUCAUAAGUUAUACAGAGAGGAGCCAACAUGGCCGCCAGGGAAAUUGCAGCUGCUUCAGUUUCCUGAAGCUUACGGUUGCUGUCAGUGUCAAAGGUUAAUUUGACAGAGCCGGCCUUCAGAACCACAAGUGCGGUUAUUUACUGUUAAAAGCUGAAUAUCUCCGGUUGCUGUGUGUUCAUUAUUUCAUAUUGGUUUUCUGUUUAUGAAGCGUUUGGACCAAUUUAAUGAAGAUAAUAAAUACAACAGUUUCUGACCUUU